UCAUUACGUCGUUGGAACCUUCAGCUGUCAGACUUUGGCCACCCCUGGGCCACCCUAAAAGUGCAGGUUUUGUAAGCAAACUUACUCGAAGUGUAAAUACUUCGCCGACUUUAUUGAAAGUUGUGCAUUCAUCGUUUGAUCGAUCAUUGAGCGCGUCAGCCGCUGUUUGAAGCGCAAAGAUUGCACGAAGAACAAGCGUUGAGUUUUUAUCGCAGCUAGUUUUUUGCACAAGCCAGCGAUCCUGAGCGGGUGUAAGGCUUGAUGCAGGGAGGGAGGGAGUAGAAAAAGGCAAAAGUCUUUGUGCUUCCCUUCCCCCUCAUCAAAGCAAAGGGGAAAUGUCUCUGUCUAAAGGAGGGAAGAAGAAGAACCCUGGGCUGAAGUUCCCCAAAGAAGUGUUUGCGCAGCCUCCAGCAGCAGCGGCAGCAGCCCCACCUCGAGAUCUCGACUCUAAAGCUUGUGUCACAAUUGGAGAUCAGAACUUUGUGGUGAAGGCCGAUGACUUGGAAGAGAUUGCAGAGCUGGGGAGGGGAGCGUACGGAGUGGUGCACAAGAUGAGACAUGUGCCCAGCGGGGUUAUCAUGGCUGUCAAGAGGAUUCGUGCCACAGUCAACACUCUGGAGCAGAAGAGGCUGCUGAUGGACUUGGACAUUUCCAUGAGGACAGUGGACUGCUUUUUCACAGUCACAUUCUAUGGCGCCCUCUUCAGAGAGGGUGAUGUUUGGAUCUGCAUGGAGCUGAUGGACACGUCUCUGGAUAAGUUCUACAAGAAUGUCAUUGAGAAGGGCAGAGACAUCCCCGAGGACAUCUUGGGCAAGAUCACAGUGGCUAUUGUCAAGGCAUUAGAGCAUCUGCACAAUAAUCUGUCAGUGAUCCACAGAGAUGUGAAGCCCUCCAAUGUUCUGAUCAACACAGAGGGCCAAGUGAAAAUGUGCGACUUCGGCAUCAGUGGCCACCUGGUGGACUCUGUGGCCAAAACGAUGGAUGCAGGCUGCAAGCCUUACAUGGCGCCCGAGCGGAUCAACCCUGACCUCAACCAGAAAGGCUACAGUGUCAAGUCAGACAUCUGGAGUCUUGGUAUCACUAUGAUUGAGCUGGCCAUUUUGAAAUUCCCUUACGACUCCUGGGGAACCCCGUUCCAGCAGCUUAAGCAGGUGGUGGACGAGCCAUCUCCAGUGUUGCCCGCUGACCGUUUCUCCCCAGAGUUUGUAGACUUCAUCUCCCAGUGCUUAAGAAAGAAACCAAACGAGAGACCAGCUUAUACUGAAUUGAUGCAACAUCCUUUUUUCACUCUGCAUGACUCCAAAGAGACGGAUGUGGCCAGUUUUGUCAAGGUCAUCCUGGAUGAUUGAUGGGCUCCGACCUGGCUCCGCCCUCAUCAGGGUAGGCGGGACCUCUCAGCAAAACAAACCAAUGGCCUACCUUUUUUUUUUAAACUCACUGGAAUGACAGACUCUCAUGCACCCGCACACGACAGGGGAGUGGGGGGGGGGGGGAUGACCCAAAGACUGACAGCAGCCAAGCAGCACUGGAGUGGGGGGUGUGGCGGUAAUAUGAACUUGUACGCUCAAAAAAAAAAAAAAAAAAACAACUGGAGAGGUUUAAUUUACUCCUCCAAGCUUCCUGUGUGUGCAAUCAUUCAACACGACAGAUAUGAACUGAUCCUGCUUUUGUGGUUCUUGUCUUUCUUCUUUCGAUUUUUUGCCCCACUGCCCCCUUUUUAUUUCUCUCUUCAGAAACAGACAGAGCCAGCCAUUAUUUCUUUGUGACACAUAUUGUAUGAAUACUUUGAACUUCAUCUGCAAAACCAUCAGUUAAUGUGUAUGUUGUUGUGUAUUGAAAGCUAUAUUUGCAUAUGCGUUUGUAUGUUUUUCUCAUUAUACAGAGUUUUGAUACUGUAUAUCUUUGAUAAGUGUGAAUUUAACCGGACUAGGGCCUUAUUUGUCACAUUGCAUCAGGUGACCAUUUCCACCUGCCUCUUCUCUAAUCGAUUGCUCAGUGUGGGGGCUGCAAAACGAGCUCUGGGAACUCCUGCGCGAAGACUAAAAAAAACAUACAAAAUGUCAAAGGUUACACUCUGGAUGGGAGGAGUUCCAAGUCAUUCCUAGAUUUCUCGACUGGAGAGAGGCAGGAAUGUGAAGUAUCCGAUACCAUCUGAACUUGUAUUGAUCCGAGCUGAGGCCCCUCAUGCAGUCACCCCCCUCUUUACUCUUCUUUCCUCUUUGGUAUUUACAAGUCAACGUCAUCGCUGCCAUAGUUGCUUCCUGGAAGUAUUCAGGGGUUGCCUAAUCGAGCUCACAGCUUUAUCUUUUUCUCUGUGCCAAUUUUCAAUUUGUUCUCAUGAAUUACUGCAUUAAUUGUAUUUUUGGUCUUUAUUCUUUUCCGGCUUGCAUUUUGAAUUUAUUUCAACAACAUUUUAACUUUUUUUGUCUACCUUUCUCAGUUCUUGAGUCAGCAUAGUCUUUUCAUAUGAGGCACUUAUGUUUAUUUGUUUCCCUAGAGAUCUUAUUAUUAUGCAUUACCCAGACAGUAUGUUAGGGAAAUAAUUGAUGUGUUGAGGAUGUAAAUACUAUCUCCUUUUUUAAUGCAACAUGGCACUGUCCUAACCUGGCAGUGCUGCUGAGUGGUAGAGUGGUUGGUAGUUAGUUUUAAUGCAGUGUGACACGUCAUACACAAACACUUGUACUCACAGGGCCAGCUGACUGUCGUACACCUAUUUUGGACUGAUGUGCUGUCAGGCGCCACCGCUCAGGUUUCUUUGCUCUCCUUCGUGCGGAGACGACCCCAUUUAUUUUUCCCUAGGUCAUACUCUUCUUGAGUGCUGGACCGAGAGCCUCUUUUCAGUCCUUGGUGGGCGGCCAUUGUCACUUCUGUAUGACCAUACUAUGCAGAGCGCCCCCCCCCCGUGCUCCAAGUGUUCAGAGACUGUGAUGAUGGUGGCAACGACAGUGAUGAUUACUGCCAUGGGUCUCUUCAUGGCUGGCAGUCAUCGCCUCUCUGGUUUACACUGUAGUGCGACCUUUAUCAAAAGUCAGUGAGUCAGGAGUAUUUAUGAUUGUGAAUAAUAAGGGAAAGCUAGCAACACCACAAAGAAGCUGCUGUUAUAAUUUUUUUAUUUCUCUCUCCUCUUUCUUUUGGUUUAAGUUGGCCUUCUUUGGAUGGCCAUUCCCUUGGCGUGUAAAAGUGACUUUACGCUGAUCACAAUGAGAAUGGAACACUUGCUCUACCUCUUACUCCUUCACUCUAUUUGCCACCUUUUCAUUGGGUGGGACUGACAAACUUGAACUAUGGAAAGACAAAAAAUAAAGGCUUUAUUGUUCAGUA